GUGUUUGAUCGUGUGUGAUUUCGCUCGUACAAGUGGCUAUCGAGUUAAUCGAUUGAUCGAACGGAGUGACGGAUUCGCAAAAAUGACAUCAGUGACGUGACGAAAGUACGACAUUCGCGGGGAAAUUCGAAAAUCGUGACGAAAACGCGAAGUAAAAUCGGAAAAUGAUGCCACGUGCGCUAUAAUUGUGGAACCGUAAUGCAUGGACUGCUAAUUGAUAGGCAAUUAUAUCUGUCCCGUUCUUUCUAAUUGCUACGAUAAUUUCGAUUGGCCGAUUCGCUCAUCCUCUAGUGUACUAAAAGUUAAAAAUUCGAAAUUAAAUUUCGAAUUUCAAAUUCCGAAUUCCACGUCAACGACUGUGCGAUAGCAAGAUAAUUUAUAGUGUGACAAAACUUGAGUUUGUGAAUAAUUUGUGACAAGUGAUGCAGUUCUUGGCCGUUUGAUUUCACAAUUUACCGCUACACAAGCGGCGAAAUAUAUAACCAGGAGACGAAAUCCCUCAAAAUUACCCGAAUUCAAUCCCCUAACAGCAAACCCAACACCCUGAGUUUCACAGAUCCCUUCGGGCCUCCCCAGUCCACGGACGGGGGGGGCCCGUCUACCCCCCAGCCCGCCAUGACGACCCAAGACGCGCUAGACCACCAACAUCAUCAUUUAGGGGGGUCCCAAACACCUCAUGAUAUAUCGAACUCAACAAAUUCAACACCAACAAAUGUGUCUUCAAAAUCUGCAUUCAUUGAGUUACAACAACAUGGCUACGGCCCCUUCAAGGGGGGGUACCAACACCCUCAUCAUUUUGGGAGCCCUGGGGGCCAGCAGAACCCUCACGAGGCGUCGGGGUUCCCGAGCCCUAGGUCCCUGGGUUACCCUUUCCCUCCUAUGCACCAGAACACCUAUGGCUAUCAUUUAAGUUCGUACGCUCCUCAAUGUGCCAGUCCGCCUAAAGAUGAAAAAUGCGGGUUGUCCGACGACCCCGGCCUCCGAGUGAACGGCAAAGGCAAGAAGAUGAGGAAGCCACGGACGAUAUACUCCAGCCUGCAGCUCCAGCAGCUGAACAGGCGGUUUCAGAGGACGCAGUACCUCGCCUUGCCGGAGAGAGCCGAGUUGGCUGCCAGCUUGGGGCUAACGCAGACUCAGGUCAAGAUCUGGUUCCAGAACCGGCGCAGCAAAUACAAGAAGAUGAUGAAGGCGGCGCAGGUGGGGGCGCAGCCUCCGAGCCUCGGCCUGCCUCCUGGGAGCCCCCCGACCAACAACCAGCUUUUACAUGGAGGCGGCGGCAGCUCAAGCGGUUCGCAGCACUCCCCAUCGGCGUACCAAGGCGGGCCUGCGCAGGCGCACUCGCCGACGCCCAGCUCGACGCCCGUGUCCGAGCUGUCCCCAGGGCUGUCCCCCACCGGGACCCCCUGGGACGUGAAGCAGCCCCCACAACCUGCUUGGGAUGUCAAGGUCGGAUAUCCGACGGCAGGCCGGUCUCCGGACGGCACGUCAUGCGACGUCAAACCUCCACACCAGCAGUCGUGGGACCCUAGGGUCGGAUAUGGCGCGCCGCCCGGCCCUUGGGACAUGAAGGGCGCGCACGGGGCGCACCCGCUCCACCACCAGGGGGCACCACAGCCCCACCCCCCCUACGUGCCCCAGUACUCCUGGUACCAGACCGACACCAAUCCUGGAUUACUGACGGUAUGGCCAGCAGUCUAACACACAGCUUUCAAGAAAAAUAUUUGAUAUAAAUUGAAUUCACGAAAUGGCGGACACAAGAUGGCGCCGAUUUCAAAAUGGCGCCCAAACUUUCGGCACAACCAACUCUAUCUGUAAGAAAUUAUUUAAUAGAUAUUAAACGCAUUGUACAUUUCUCAUAAGUAAUUUUAAAUAGGUUAUAUUUGUUUAUAAUGGUAUCGAUGUAAAGGUUAUAAGUAUGAUUAUGUGAGACAGUGUUCAAGAUUUCUAUUGAGCCAAUUGAAUGAUGUUCCAAUUUUUUUUUUAAUUUUUAUGUGCACAUUAUAGUUAAAAAGACUGUUUGAAUAAAUGAUUUGUUUAUUUUAACAUAUUUGACAUUCCUAUUUUCGUAUAUUUAGCAAUGAAUUAUAGUGUACAAAGUUACAUUUAAAUUUGAUUUUACAUGACAAUUUAUGUAAAUAUAAUACUUUAACAAGAAUAUAUACUUACUGUAAAAAUGACACUUUUUCACAUGAAGCACAACGUUUUGAUUUGUUUUUUUUUUUGUGCAAAAUAUUCUGAAACUUAUUUUGUGAUUUAUUUGAAUUUUAGAAAAAGAAAUGGAUUUUGGCAGUAGCAAUUUAAACACGAAAUAAUUUUUAGAAUAUAUUUUUAUUUAAAGCACUUUAAAGAAUAAAGAUUCCCGUACCCAGUUAGGUAUUUAAUAUCCAUAUUUUGGUUUUUUUAAAAUACUUUCGACAAUUUAAAUAAUGUAUAAAUCAAUAACAAAAUGUAAUACAAUUAAAUUGUAAUACAGAAGUUAUUGUAGAUUUUUCAUUAUUUCCAGUUUAAAUUCGUAACAUAAGCUUUAAUUCAAUUAAAUUUUAUUUAUUUAGAAUAAUCAUUUUACACACGGGAACAAAAAACCAGUCUGUUGUGAUAGUUAAUUUUAAGUUUAGAAUCAUUUUUAAAUAAAAAAAAAAGUAUUUAUUUUGUGCAAAAAUGUUCGGUCGCAAUUUUUUAGCUAUUAUCAUGUCUUGUGUAAUCUUCACAUUACCUAUAUCCGUAAAUAUUAUUGUCUAUUUACAAUAAAAAAGCAAAAAUUAACAUUUUUGUUAAAUAACGCUCCGAACAUUAAAGUUUAGAAUAGAAAUAUUUCAACGUUAUUUUUUUCAUUGUCAUAUAUAUUAUCAUAUAUGUAAAUAUACUCAAUAUUCAAAAUGAAUAAAUCUAAUCAAUUAAAAUGACAUCUUUAAAAGUUUUAAUGAAAUAUAGGUACCUACUACAUUUCCAACAGGUCAAUUUGAAAAAUAAAUGUUAUCAAAAUGUAUUGAUUAUUUUCUGUUAAUCAGAGAAUAGUAUUGCUAAUUAUGAAAAAAA